AUGCAUCUCAUUCUCACAGGCGCCACCGGCUUGGUCGGUUCUUCCGUCCUGGACGCCAUGCUCAACAAUGCAGCCAUUUCAAAGAUCUCGAUCCUGAGUCGCAACCCCGUCCGAAUGGCAGAAGAUGCCAAAGAUCCACGAGUUCAUGUCAUCACACACAAAGACUUCGAAUCUUAUAAGCCAGAGCUACUGGACCAACUCAAAGACGCCGAUGGAUGCGUCUGGGCACUGGGCACGAGCCAAAACAAUGUUAACAAGGAGCAAUAUGUCAAGAUUACCAAAGACUUCACACUGGCAGCUGCCAACGCCUUUUCCACCAUCAAGCCCUCCAACCCGCCCUUCCGAUUCAUCCAUGUCUCGGGCGAGGGAGCCACUCAAGAUCCCGGCCGAUUUGCUCCAAUUUUCUCCCGGGUAAAGGGCGAGACGGAAGAACUGCUCGGCAAGUUAUCGGAAGAGAACCCCAACUUCCGCGUUGACAGCGUGCGUCCUGCGUUUGUUGACCCAGUCAAUCAUCAUGCCAUCAAGCCGUAUCUCCCGACAGGUGGAUGGGUUGAGGCAGCAACGAAGGUCGGAAUCUCUUUGCUUGCACCGGGAGUUCGAUGCUUCUACAAAUCAAUGCACUCUCCGACUGAGCAUCUUGGGCCAUUUUUGACGGAUAUGGCGAUGGGUCGUCACGAGAUGAAGCUCCAAGGACCGGGAGUGUUUAAGUUGGGUGGCGGCUUUGUCAUUGAGAAUGUCGGUAUGCGGAGAGUCCUCGGUCUGUGA